ACGCAUAUACGGGAUACGGUAUAAUUUUGCCAAAAAGAUCGAUCAUCAUUCUUCUACUGCUGAUAGGUUGUUUGUUAGGUCAAUUGAUGAGAGCUGAGAGAAUUCGUUAGGACCUCUCUCUCAUCAUCUCAAAAAUAAAAACAGAUCGAUCUCCAUUCAAAUCCCUUAAUUCUCUUCUGUAAUCCACAAUGGGAAUUUUCGAUGUUUUCCUCAAUUGGCUUCGAAGCCUAUUCUUUAAGCAAGAAAUGGAGCUUUCUUUGAUUGGACUUCAGAAUGCAGGGAAAACUUCGCUUGUCAAUGUUGUUGCAACUGGUGGAUACAGCGAAGACAUGAUUCCUACGAUUGGUUUCAAUAUGAGGAAGGUCACUAAAGGAAAUGUCACAAUAAAGUUAUGGGAUCUUGGAGGUCAGCCCCGUUUCCGUAGUAUGUGGGAAAGAUACUGCCGCGCGGUUUCUGCUAUUGUAUAUGUUGUUGAUGCUGCUGAUCAUGAUAAUCUGUCCAUCUCAAGAAGCGAACUUCACGAUCUGUUGAGCAAAACCUCACUGAAUGGUAUCCCAUUGUUGGUUUUGGGUAACAAAGUUGACAAGCCUGAAGCUCUCUCUAAACAGGCUUUAACUGAUCAAAUGGAGCUAAGGUCAAUAACUGACAGGGAAGUUUGUUGCUUUAUGAUAUCAUGCAAAAACUCUACCAACAUUGAUUCAGUCAUCGAUUGGCUUGUAAAGCAUUCAAAAUCAAAGAACUGAAGAAAUCGGAAGUUUUUUUACCCAUUGCAGUGAGCGCUUCAUCGUGAAAUGAGUAACCAGGUUUCUGAUUGCUCUGAUCUGACCAGUGUCUUGUACUCUUGUCUCCAUUUUACUUCUGGGUUUUUCUUCAAUUUAGUGGAUAUCAUAUAUAUUAGAGGAUCCUAUCUAUUUACUUGUCAUCUUGGUAGGAAAGAGAGUGGGAAGGAGAGUUUAAUAUGGAUACCCCAAUGGGUUUCAUUGCUUUCCGGUGUAACAAUAUGAUUGAUUUUUUUAUGUAUCGAAAUACUUGUCUGUGAAUACAAUUACGUAUCGUGCAUUUUGAAAAUUGUAUUUUCAACA